AAGCGAGAUCGGGAUGCCUUAGAACACGCACCUAUAAAGCGAGAUAUAAGAAUGAAGAAGAAACAUGUGCUUGCUGCGGUAAAGCUAGGGAAACGACGGAACAUAUUUUAUUAGAAUGUGAGGACGUCUACCCAGCGGUCGAUUUAGGCACCACUGGCCUCCUUGAAGCCCUUGGGUUCAGCGGGAGCAGUGGUAAAGCAAACAGGUCCGCAAUAGACAUCAGUAAGAGGCGAUUGGAGGAUUGGUGGAAGAAAAGUAGGGAAACGACAAAAGACGGAGACGUACAAAAGCACAGUUCGCAAUAGGGUAUCAGAAAAUUUGGACGUGGUAGUUCAUAGUGGUUUUUUUUUUUUUUUUUUUUUUUAAUUGGUGAACAUAGGUAGGAUAUUAGGCAGCAUAGUAGUAAGAGCUUGGUGGCGCAAGCCACCGCCCCGUUCCAAAGGGGACGCUCAUAACAUCCAUCCAUCCAUCCAUCCGUGAUCUGCAAGUGCAUGCCGCCUAGUGAUCUUGCUCGCUGUGCUCCUUUCUUGCCUUCGUUCUUUUCGAUGACAACGAUCAUACGUAAGAAAAAUGUGAACACAUGACAGCCUCUCCUAGCAUUGACUACUAUUUAAUGCAUAGACCGCGGAAGAUUCCGAGGCAGUUGGGCAGUUGCCGGAGACGUUGUAGCUAGCCGUGGCAUGUGCAUGGUCAUUGAACUUGAGCGCGGGUUUGCAUUUUCUUGUCGCGCAAAUGUUGCUUGUCACUUUAUUCGUGCUGUGAAUAAACACUCCGUCAUUGACGUGCGAUGUUAGCGUGCGCUUAUGUGGCUCGACGACUGGUUUCGUGUGAUCGUGCCGUCGGCGCCUUGAUGUGUCGCGCUCGAUGUCUAUCAAGUGACCGGCAUACGGGUGAACCAACGGCGAACGACCGGCAGGUGUGCGGCGAUGAAAGCACGUUCCAGGGGCACAUACCUGAAGGAGAACUGGAGAUCUCCUAUAGCCGGAGCAGUGGACCAGGUGGUCAGAAUGUCAACAAAGUGAACAGCAAGGUCGAGAUUCGCCUCCAUCUUGAGACGGCCACCUGGAUACCUGCUGUCGGUCGGGAGCGACUAAAGACCCAGUGGGGCCACCUAGUGAAUCGUCGAGGGCAGCUUGUGCUCAACUGCGACGAGCAGCGCAGCCAGCUGGCCAACACACGCAUCUGCCUCGAUCGGUUGCGCUCCCUGGUGACCGAGGCCUGCCGCCCACCACCCUCCGGUCCCGACGAGGCCACACAACACUUGCACGAAAAGAGGCGGGCUCGAGCCUCGGCCCGAAGAGUGGAGGAGAAGCGGGCCAGGUCUCAGUGGCGGCGUUUCAAGGAGCCAUCUCGUAUCCUCUAGGCCGAUGGAUCGACACUGCAAAUCGCUCAUCUGACGAGACAAUCCAAUUGUGUGUAAAACUGCCUCUGUUGGGCAGUUUGCCUGCUGCCACUAGUCAUGUUUGCAUGUGUUUCAACAUGCAGCUUUAAUGCGCAGAAGUUUGCGUGGAAAUAUAGUUCCGUGGCACAACAGCCUACUUUUGUUGUAGCACGUUACCUGACUGCUGCUUCAGAUCUGCUGAAUGUGCAGCCAAACCUGUUGUCUGGCCAAAUAGAGUGCUACAGCCGUUGCAGAGCUUGUACCACUGUAAUGCCUCGGAGGUUGAGAGAGUGUUGUCCUCACUCUCCAGAUAGUCACACGGCAGUGUAUCACUUGCAGAGUGACAUCAAAGCUUUUGACAAAGACAGGCCUCUGUGCCGCUAUUUUAAAGGCUUUGAAUAAAGGUGUAUGCACACAUGGUGCGCAGAGCUCCCAAACUGAAUUUAAGUCUUUCCCUUAUGCUCCUGUUCAUUCUAAACCUGCUGAGUGGUCACUGCGAUUGUUACAUUACACAAGCAUGUUGCAUACUUCUUGUGCCUUCCAGCAACUUCAUGCUGCGGCAUAAUAAUUAUUUGCUUAAUCCUUGCAUUUAUCUCUUUUAACUGCACUGUCAGUUCAGUUAUGCUUGUUGGGGCCAUAUUUUGUAAUGAUCCAUCUAAUGUCUCAUAUGCUGCAGCGCUCAUGGAAAACUAGGGUGGACUGAUAGAACAACACACACCAUCAGUGCUGACUCACAACUGACCAGUUUAUUAGAUCAUUUAUGUAUUUGUGCUUGUUAAUACAAGCACAAAUAUACAUGUGACAUGAGUUGCCACAGCUCUCUGAUUUGUACAAGCUUUUAAUAUUGUCUUCUGCAGAAACAUAAUUCCUUUGCUUUGAAAAUCAAUUGAAGUUUGGCUAACACUGUCUGCCUUUUCACUGCAAGUCUGUGUCUGUCCAUCUUGUUCUCUCUAUUUGUGCUGUUCUUUAUCUGAAGUUAAGCAUUACCAACUUAAUUGCAAUCUACUUGAUUUUAAUUUUCUGUUUCUUAUUACCUAUCACACUGAGUAGCUGAUCAUGGUGAAUAAGAGUGGCGGCACCCUGGUCAUUGGUGAAGGGUCAAAUGAAGGAAAAAUGAAACCCGUUUGUACAAUAUAUGGGCCCUGAAGGUGUGUGAAUUGUAGUUGGAGAAAAAAUACAGAAGGUUGCAUAACUGGUUGAUGCAGGCCGAAAUAGAUAAAACUCUUGUUAUUAAAAUGACUUCCUCAAGUGUCUUCUACUCUUAAACAAAGAAAACAAAAAGAAAGCUUUUACAGCUUAUUUCUGCAGCUGUAGCUGCUGUGCAACUGUUGGAGCUCACACUUUGUUGUAGCACAUUUGUGUGCAUGGGGGGUGCAAGGCAUAAAAAGCCUAGCUUGGGAGUUACGGAAAUGCAGACUGCACCUAUUCUUUCUGUUCAGUCCAUUGAUACUUUUUGCCGCGAGGGGACAGGCAUGUUUUGGUGAUCAUUGCGUGGUGUUUGGAGUCGUCUUUGGGACCAGAAUUGAAGAAAUGCAGGUCCUACUUGUAAAACUUGAUCCAACAUGAACUCUGCCAAAAUGGUUGGUCAAAAAUUUUUAGUGUGCCUGAAGUGCUGGAUAGUCCACAGUGCAUCUGAAAGUUGGCCAGAUUUCUACUUGUAGAGUUGCCUUCCUUUUUUUACUUCUCUUUCAUUGAAGAGAUGAAAUAACAUCAUCAUCAUCUUUUGUGUGAGCUACAAGGACAGCAUGCAGAACAUCAACUUUGACUUUAUCUGUAAUGUGUUUUACAAGACAUGUAAAAGAACUUGCUCAACUACGGUAGCUCUAAAUGGCACAUAUCACUAGCAAGAAAUUUUGUUCUUUCUGCUAUAGAUGCUGAUUAUUGCAGUGAGACUAGUACAAAUAGUGCUGCGCUUAUGCAAUGAUUGGUCACAACAUAGAGGUAGCGCAACGAAACAAUCGUGAUUGGUCACAGUACAGUAUGGCACAGCAGUUCUUGAAAACAUUAAUAGUGCUUGCCUUUUGUACUAUCAACAAUAUUCAAACCUUUGCUAAUUUUCAAAAAGAAAUUGAUAAUUAGUCUCAAUAUAACAAUAUGAUAUGACAAUGAAUGAUAUAACAAUGAAUCAUUUAGAUAAUGAUAUAACAACAUGUCAUUUUUUAGAUUGACACAAACAUGUAAUACAAUUGUUGAUGUUAUGUUUUCUGUGCUAAUUGCACAUCACAACUGAGGUACUUGCGCAUGAAUAUGAAAACGCCCUCAUUUUACUGAUUAGCUCGUGGCCAUCGCCCACUGAAGAAGACGACACUGUCAAGGGAUAUUGAAUGCAUGAUUAAAAAAGACACAUCAAA